AAAAGAACACGUUGGUUUAAAGUCCAGGACAGUCACUGUGGCACACCCUUGGUUGGAACCAGCAGGGUUUGUUGCGUUGUUUAAACCGAGGCCUUAUCAGAUGUCUGAAAUUUACAUAAUUGUGUGAGGUUAAAUAUCCAUGUAUAUCUUUGCGAUCGCUCGACGCGAAUCCACUAGAGACAGGACCGAGGCCAUGGUAUCAGCAGGGCUAGACGAGGGACACGGAAUGGAGAACGACGGAUAUCAGCAAGAAGAUGAAGCUGCGGGACGUGACGGAAACCCAACUGAGAAGGCAGGGGAACCACAUGGAUUUGACGAAGUGGAUUUAAGUAUAUCGGCACACCAUGGAAAGACAAAAUAUGACGUGGAAGCCGCACGGAAAAGGAAGAACCCCGGGGGUAGGACAAAGGACGAGCGCUCCGUCCCUUCCUACUGGUUCCUCCUCAUGGUUGUCCUCCUGGGUGUGGGAUUCUUUGUCGCCCUAGGUUUGGGUCUGGGGUUGGGUCACCCCGAUCCAAAAUUAAAUCCUUACCAAUUCUAUAAUGGUGCUGUGGCAUCCGAUCGCCUACUCUGCUCUGAAGUUGGAAGGGAUUUAAUGAAAAACGGCGGCAACGCCUUAGACGCUGCCAUAGGAACAGCCUUUUGUGUAGGCGUGCUAAACCUUCACGUUGGUGGUGUGGGAGGAGGCGGCUACCUGACUUUCUACAAUAAGAGUAGCGUGAACGUGGAGAACGGAGUCACGACCGUGGCCAUCAAUGGACACGCGGUGGCGCCUGCCGGGGCCAGCGAGGACAUGUUCACUGACCGCGAAGGCGAAGCUACUCAAGGUGGCAUGGCUAUAGCGAUUCCAGGCGAAGUGGCCGGUCUCUACCAAGCGCACAAAACAUACGGCGGGGCGCUGUCGUGGGCAAGCCUUGUGGAGCCCUCCAUCCGACUGGCGAAGAGAGGGUUUUCGAUCGGUGAGGCACUCGCCAAUGCCAUUGCAGCAAACGAGGAGGCCAUUCUUGCAGAUCCAGGAUUGCGUGAAAUACUGAUGGAUGGUGAUGGACUUAAGCAGCGCGGGGAGGAAGUUGUCUUGCCCAAAUUGGCGGCAACUCUUGAGACCAUCGCUGCGUCAGGAGCCGAUGGAUUUUAUAAAGGAGAGUUGGCACAGAAGAUUGUGGACGAUGUGAACGAUACAGGAGGCAAUAUCACUUUGGAGGACUUGAAAACCUACAGCGCACACAUUUCGCAAACGGUGUCGGUGGAGCUUGGUGGCGGGGAACUGUAUGCUGCAAGGGGUAUAACAGCCUAUGCCCCGCCUCCACCGUCCAGUGGCAUUUUGACAAAUUACAUCCUGAAUAUUCUGGAAGGCUACGACUUAUACUGGGGAAGCACAGCGAACACGGAAAAUGAAGUAGAGACUUACCACCGUAUGUUGGAGGCGUACAAAUUCGCCCUGGCUGACCGAAGUCGGCUUGGUGAUCCAGAAUUUGAGGAAAGCGUGAAGGAGGUCACGGAUGAAUUGGUGAAAACUUCGACGGCUACCGCUACCAGGGAGAAGAUCCAGGACAAAGCUUUAAAAUUCCCAGAAUACGGGAGCAAGUACGCGCCCAAAAUGGACGCCGCUGGUGGUGCCACUCACAUCUCGGUCAAGGACAAGGCGGGGAAUGCUGUCUCCUAUACCACAUCCAUCAGUUCCGACUUCGGUGCCAAAGUACGCGGUACACGAACCGGGAUCAUAUUCAACGCGGCCAUGGGCGAUUUCUCGCUGCCGAGCAGCUCUGCCGUGCACGGGCUGCAGCCGUCACCUGCCAACUUCAUCAAGCCGGGCAAGCGACCCCUGACGUCCAUGACGCCCCUUGUCCUCGUUGAUAAGGAUGACGAGGUCAAGGCCGUGAUUGGGGCGUCUGGUGGGCUGCAGAUGAUCACGGCUUCUGCCAUGAUGGCAGUACAGACUAUUUGGUUCGAAGAUAAUGUUAUCGACGCAAUGGAGAGAGCCAGAUUCCACGCGGAUCUCAGCCAAGUCAGCGCCACCGACUUGGUGGAGUACGGUCACGAAAGUGCACUAGAUUCUACUGUUAUCGGCGGCUUGUCAGCACGUGACCAGAUAGAAGACAAAAAUCUGCCCUUGGUGUCAGCCGUCAAUCUCAUCAUUCAAACGAAGAAAAACAGAUGGUAUACCAACUCGGACAACCGUGCCCCCGGCUCAGGAUAUGCACUCUAUUAACUCUCUGCAGAUGAUGUGUUCACAUACAAACCCCAUUUUCUGCCCAGCUAAUUUGGCGUUUCAACGAGGCAAGGUCAUUCGGGAUAAAAACAUGACAUCUCAUCCAGUUGACUGAGUCAGAGCUGUAUCCAUAUAUAGAGAGAGUUCCGCCAACUUCAGACAUUGGUACCUAAAUAGCUGUUCAUUAAUGCGUGGUAACUAUCUAUGUUCACUGACGAAUAAUCCACCGGUUUUUGGUUCCAGUUUGAUUUGAGAUACUCCUGUCGCAACUCCAGUGGUGUAAAUUUGUGCCGAAAAUUUGGGGGAUGACUUGCCCGGCCAAGAAAAUUUCUAAAACCCGGGGGGGGGAUGGCGACACCAUAUGAAUCUAUAUAGGCUUGAGGUCAGUGUUCAAGAUAUCAUCUGUAAUAUGUAUUCAAAAUAACAUAUUUAUGAUUUUUGAAAUUGUUUUCCGAUUUUUUAGUGGUACUGAAUGCAUUUUGAUAGUUGGAAAUUCGAAACAUUCUUGUCAAUCCGCUAUAAUUUUUUGCUCACCACAAAAUGUGAGUGUGUGGGGGGGGGAAUGAUUCAAUAGACCCCAUCCCCUCCUCAAAAAGGGGGGUAUAUACCCCAUCCCCUGGGAUUUACUCCCAUGCAAAACUCUCUAUAAACAGUUUUUCUCUAUUUGAGCAUCAUAAGUCUGAAAAUUGCCCAAAUCCGGAGAUAGUGAGUGGUGUAAAGAAAAAAUAUUACUUAUUACAUCUACUUAUAGGUUGCUGCCACAUGACACUGACGUCGUACAUCAACCCUCCUCCCCUAUUUUUUUGCUUGAAAAUAUUUAUAUCAGUAUAUGUAACGAUCUUCAAUACAAGUUAUUUCGUGCUCAAAGUACCUAAAAAAUCACUGACAACUUCGAAAACUCAGAAGUCUAAAACGAUGACAAAGUAAAUUAAACAACGUUAACGGUUGCUUCAGACAAAAUUAAGCUUAAGAUUUCUGGACAUCAUAAGCCUGUCAUCUACAAAGUGUGUUGCCCGUAUACUUUUCCAAAAAUUCCUCGCUUCAACACUGGGCCGGGCUAGCUGGACAUCCUCCGGAACACCAGUUUUAGUACAAAACUUUUCAAAUACCACAAAACGCUAACGGGCUUGCCUCAUCCUGAGGCUAAUGUCGGUACAUAUAAAAAGUACUCAGAAAUGUGCCAGUUAAAAUAUCAAUAAGAACCCUGUAACAUUUGUUACAGUCUUGGAUAUACGUCAUUUUAACUGAGCGUAUUUUGUGUGUGUGCAUGUUUUUGGUAAAUAAAGUGUUUUGUUUUAACUAUAUGUAUUUUUUUUAUAUUCUUAACAGUGCCAAUAGAAAUUAAAUUUCUGUAGGCCUAUUUUUAUGAUGCGGACAAAAAUUUCUAAUCUGAUGUCAAUAAACUUACACUGGAAUG